AUGUUUUCUAAAAUUACUAAGGAAUUAGAAACAUACACUGGAGAGAAAAAUAAAGCAAAAAUUGCAGCAUUAAAAAAAGCACUUGGAAAUUAUCCAACAAUAUUGGGAACGAUUGAACCUUCUAUUGAUGAUUUAAACACAAAAAUUAUGAAUGGAUUAAAUGAAUUUUCAAAAUUAACAAAUAUGAAAGGAAAUGGAUUAUUUUAUUUAAUAGAUCCUAAGGGAGGAGUUAAUACUAUUGACCUUCUUAUUUCAAAUAUAAUUAUUACAAUACAAAGAAGAAUAAUUAUGAUGGAUGGUAAAGAAAAUGCAAAAGAUGAUAAAUUUAAAGUUGAAGAAUAUUAUGGAAAACCUGGAAAAAAGUUCAAAAAGAUAAUAACAACAUUAAACUCAAUACGUCAAUACAAUUUCUUUGGAGGGAAAACUAAUGCAAUUGCACUUGCACAUUUGAUUAAUGCAAAAGUUAUUCCUAAUUGUAUUGGAAAUAUUUGGGUAUAUGUUUAUGAUUGUCCAGAAAAUGAAGGAAGAAGUGGAAAAUUUAAUUUAGGUAAACAAAAUAUUACAUGGACUGGUGGGAAAAAACAUCCAGAUCCUAAUUAUGAUAAUAUGUCAAAAUAUUUAAGAAUUAGUGAUUAA